UCUGUGCUUGUAACGUUAGCUAGUAGGAGUGGCCACGGCAUGGGCGUCUAGCUAGAUCUAUAUUGACGAACGUAGAAAUGUAUAUACACGUAUGCGGGGCAAAUUUAUCAGAUGAACAUAGGCUUGCUAGUUAUGUAAAAUGUGCGAUACAUCAAGUCAAGUUAAUGACAAAGUGUUCGGAAUGUAAUGUCUAUGAGCAAGUGUGUUUACUUUUUGCCAUACUUCUCGUUUGCUGCAGUAGCUAAUUUAUUGUAGCUUGCUAGCUAAUGUCAAUUUUGCUGCGCGGCUAGCCGACGUCGGGUUCUUGGCUUUUCUGGUGCACAGGGACUCUUUAUCACACGCUAAUAAUCGUAUUGUGAUAUAUACUGGUGGGUAGAUAAUUUAGCUAGCUAACGUUAUAGUUGCAUAGUAAUUUACGCGGAUCAGAUAACAGAUGAGUUGAAUUGUUUUUGUUAGCUAAAUACAAACAACCCACUUUUUAAAGAAGUGAUAGCCAGGGUUUAAAUGACACAAUGCAGCGUUACAUUUCCAUGACGACGAUAACUGUACCUCCCAACGCCCGACCAAUAGGUCAACAGUUACCGUUUGCACCGAACGACGGAGAAGACGCCCGGAUUGAUGACGGCAACAGUACAGGAGACGUAUCGGGUUUUACAGAAAUGGACCCUCCAAUGCGACUGGAGGACGAUAGCCCUUUGAAUCGGACUGCGGAUGAUGUGGAACGGUGUCAUCCGUCUCACCUUCAGUCCCCCAGUAGCGUUAUUUCCAUGAAAGGCUCCCCGGCGUCACCACGGAAAAACUCUCGGGUGUACGGGAGUUCACCGGAGCGGUCAUGCAUUCAGGAAGACGGGGACUGCUCGAGCUCACCUAUUCCAGACUGCCCCGACACACCGCCACACAAAACCUUCAAAAAACUACUCCUUUUUCAUACUCCACACACACCAAAGAGUUUGCUGAACAAAGCCAGAACUGCCAGCUCAGCGUCCUCAAGUAGGAGAGUAGCCCUCUUCGGGAAUGUAGAAUCCACAGGAACACCUGGUCCGGACAGCAGGAGAAGCCAGACCCCUUUGGUCAACAUCAACCCCUUCACCCCCGAAUCCCUCCUCAUCCAGUCUACAACUCAACUCAGGAACAGCAGAAAGAGGGCACACUGUAACGAGUAUGUCACUCACUCCUGUGGUGAGGACAUGGAGGUGAGUGAUGCUGAAACAGAGGAAGAGGUCCUUUUCCCACCAAAGAGAAUAACCAUGAUGGAGAGCGACAUGAAUUCCAGGUAUGCCUCAGAGUUCCACGAGCUGGAGAAGAUCGGCUGUGGGGAGUAUGGUGCAGUCUUCAAGUGUGUGAAAAGACUGGAUGGCUGCGUGUACGCUAUCAAGUGUUCAAAGAAGCCCCUGGUCGGCUCUGUGGAUGAGCAGAACGCCCUCCGGGAGGUGUACGCCCACGCCGUCCUGGGCCAGCACCCUCACGUGGUGCGCUACUACUCGGCCUGGGCAGAGGAUGACCGCAUGCUCAUCCAGAACGAGUACUGCAACGCCGGCACCCUCUCGGACAUCACGGCCAAGAACUACCGGCAGCUCAGCUUCCUGUCGGAGCUGGAGCUGAAGGGCCUUCUGCUGCAGGUGACGCGCGGCCUCAAGUACAUCCACUCGUCCUCGCUGGUCCACAUGGACAUCAAGCCUAGCAAUAUUUUUAUCUCACGCAAGACGGUUGGUAGUGUAGUAGACGCGUGUGACGAGGAGGACGAAAAAGAUGGACUGGCCACCAGUGUCGUGUACAAAAUAGGUGACCUUGGCCAUGUGACUAGGUUAAACAAUCCUCAAGUUGAGGAAGGUGACAGCAGGUUCCUGGCAAACGAAGUCCUUCAAGAGGACUACAGUAACUUGACAAAGGCAGAUGUCUUUUCCCUAGCGCUGACUGUGAUCAGUGCCUCUGGGGCGGAGCCUAUGCCCAGCAAUGGGGACAAGUGGCAUCAGAUCCGUCAGGGAAAACUUCCACCCAUCCCACAAGUUCUCUCUCAGCAAUUCCUGAGUUUACUCAAGCUGAUGAUCCACCCUGACCCCGCCAGGCGGCCGUCCACCUUUGACCUCAUCAAGCACCCGGUGCUGUUGACGGCAGCUAGAAUGAGUGCCGACCUGCUCCGUGUGGAACUCGACGCAGAGAAGUCCAAGAACGCCCAGCUUCAGAAGGAGCUGAAGAAGGCCCAGAUUGACAAAACUGCAGCUGAGGAGAAAGUUCUGACCCACUCCACUGUCCAGUCCAACCCCAAAACCUCCAGACUCGUCGGCAAGAAGAUGAACCGCUCAAUGAGCCUGAACAUUUACUGAGACUGACUCAAACACAGAUCCCCCUGAGUGGGGAGCAAUAAUGGUGCUGGAUCAUGGACUGAAAACAAAUAUCUUGAGUUUCUGACUACGUAUUCUGUUCGAAGAAAGUGGCAAGGAUUCUACUUAAAGCAGUGGUCACCAACCUUUUCUGGGUCAAAAUGCAAGCUGCGAUUUUCCGUGCAGAUUUAUUAUUCUUUUUAAUUUAAUUUAUUUUUUAACUUAUUAAGCCUAUGCAACAUUAACCAAUUGAAAACAGUUCUGUAACAAUGAGGUUUGUGCAGUAGUCUAUAGGCCCAAUACAUUAUCACUGCAAAUUGGUUAUGCUUGAAUUGCCCUGCCAAUGUUCUCAGACCAUUUAGAAAUUAUAUACAUUUUUAAAUGUGGUAUAUCGUCAUGCUGGUAAUAGACAAGCCGUAAAUUUGGCAAGCUUAUCAGAAGACUUUGCUGCACUCGUUCAUUGCAGCAUGAAUGGAAGUAGGGAGAAUGUUCCACAUUUUUAUAAGCCAUAAAAUACAAAGUGUUGACUGUGCUGAAUAACAACUUAAACAUAAAAACAACAGCUCUUUGAUGUAUUCGUUCUCUCUAGUCAUGGUUUUAAAACUUCCGAAAUCUCACACUAUCAACUUUGGUGUGCGUUCAAGGUUUAUUUUUACAGUUUGGUUCGAUGAAACAGCAGACAGUGAUCUGAGCUAUCUGAUUGGCCAGCGGUAGGCCUAUAGGUGCUGUUGAUUUGCUCUCUGGGCCUGCCGGGUAGGCGGAGUUCUACCUUUCAGACAUGGGAACACGUCGCCUUCCCGGCUCUGGCUGCUGAAUCAAGUGCACCUACUGCCAACAGCGCAAAACAAAUAAAGUAAAAUAGGAACGCAGGGCUUUAUCGUUUUUUUUACAGAAAUGUUUGGCGCUCUGCUAGGAAUGCCUUGGAGAUCGACCAGUCGUUCGCCCGGUUGGUGACCACUGUACAGCCAAAUGGGCCUCAUUUCCAAUGGUCACAGGGGACUUUACCCUGUCUCAAUGCUGUGGGUGGGCCUUUCUUGUCCAACUCUGAGACUUUGUCGUACUCAAUCAGUACUGACUUGUCAAACAGUCAGUUCUGUAGGAAGACUUGGCCCUUUCAAUCAAAUUACCAAUAAUCCUGGUGGUGGACUUCUCGUUCCUUACUGUACCUAUUCUUUGUCAGCCCCAAGUCUAAGUAGAUUGGCAAGGCUCUCCACUGUAGUCCCUGCACUUCCUUGAAAGCCUAGUCUUGCUCUCUGUUGGAGAGGGGCACAGAGAAGCCCUUCUCAGUGUGUGAAUGUAGCAGACCACAGAUGUGUGCACCUUACUGCCUGAUGUCAGCCAUCCGAGGGUCUGGAUCUGACCACGCUUUUAAAUAAGAGCACUUUGAAGGCAACAGGGGAACUUGCCACACACAACCUGCUGCUAUUCAUGUUUGUCUGUGUUCAAGGGGGUUGAUGGAUUUCUGUUUUCCAAUUGGGGUAGUUUUAAAUCAUUGUUAUUAAGGUGAUCAUAUUCUGUGUACCAUAAUUAUAUACUUUUGAAGAAAUGUUCACUUUUUUCUCUUCUGAGUCUAAAUGGAUCAUGCAAUACAUGUAAGAAAAGUGUGUGUGUAUCAAACCUGUUUUAAAAAAUGUUUUACUUUUAUUGCCAAUAUUACAAGUGGUACAUUUAUAGCCGCCAACCCUGUGUUGCAUUAAAACAAUCAUUGUUCUGUAGGUUCACCUGUUUUGUGACGAUGCAUUGCCUUUUUAUUUUACUGUCACUGCAAGGAGCCUGUUUAACAUUGCUAAAGGGUAUUACUUAUAGCCUGUAUUUUAUUUUAAUAAAUUCUUAUCAAAUGCA